UAAAAAAAGUGUCUUGGCCACAAGAGUUGAAUAAAGUUAUAAAUAUCCCAAGACAUCUUUUUAUUAUUAUUAUUAUCUCAAAUUAACUACAUCAAAAAAAUGAAGUGUCUUCACACCUUGUUCAAGAAACAGGUUUUAUUCAUCCUGGUCGGUUUCUCCUAUGUCUCUGCUACGGUUGUCAGUACCUCUCCUCCUACUUCUGAAGUCAAGGUUCAAUCCUAUGAUUACGUUGCUGGAAAAUCAUUUACUGGUAAAAUCUAUGUCAAAAAUAUUGAUUUGACCAAAGUCGUCAGUGUCAUUUACUCGGACGCUACAGGUGAUUGGAACAACAAUGCUAAUCUUGUCAAAGCCGCUUUCAGUGAAAGCAUCAGUGAUACCAGUUAUGAAUUUUGGACAUUCUCUUCUACCGCUAUCUCUAGUAUUAAAGAAUUCUACAUCAAGUACGAUGUCAGUGGCAAGACUUACUAUGACAACAACGGAUCCGCUAAUUAUGUUGUCACAACACCCCCUCCCACCACGACCACUUCUUCCUCUCCCACUUCCACUGCCACUGAAACACCCCCUACAUCCACAUCCACCGCUUUUCCCUCGGGUAACUCUACCAUUUCCACAUGGAUUAAAACUCAAGAGGGUAUCAGUCGUGCUGCCAUGAUCCGUAACAUUAACCCACCGGGAGCUGCCAAGGGUUUUAUCGCUGCCUCGUUGUCUACUUCUGGCCCAGAUUAUUAUUACUCUUGGACUCGUGAUUCGGCUUUGGUCUCGUAUGUCAUGGCUAAUGAUUAUAAUACGACGCUUAAGGGAGACGCUGCCACUGUGGGUCUCUUGAAGGAUUAUGUGACGUACUCUAUUAAUGCACAAUCGACAAGUACUGCUUGUAAUUGUUUGGGAGAGCCCAAGUUUAAUGCGGAUGGAUCAAGUUUCACUGGAGCCUGGGGAAGACCUCAAAAUGAUGGCCCGGCUGAACGUGCUUCGUCGUUUAUUUUAAUUGCAGAUAGUAUUCUUAAACAAUCCGGUGAUGAUACCUAUGUUACUGGAACACUUAAACCUGCAAUUUUCAAGGAUUUGGAUUAUGUAGUGAGUACUUGGUCCGACGGAUGUUUCGAUCUCUGGGAGGAAGCCAACGGUGUUCACUUUUACACACUCAUGGUCAUGCGCAAAGGUUUGAUCCACGGUGCAAAUUUCGCUACACGUAACGGUGACACCACACGUGCCUCCACCUACACCACUACCGCCAACACCUUAAAAACCAAAAUCGACACCUUUUGGUCCGGUACCUACAUUACCGUCACUCAAAGUCUCACAGGGGGUGUUCAAAAAGCCGGUUACGAUGUCUCUACCUUGAUCGCUGCUAAUUCAGGUUCCCUCGCAGACGGUUUCUAUACACCCGGAUCCGAUAAAAUUUUAGCCACCGCUGUCGUUGUUGAAAGCAAAUUUAGUUCUCUCUAUGAUAUCAAUGUCAAUACCCCUUCUUAUUUGGGUACAGCCAUCGGUCGAUACCCCGAGGAUACGUACAAUGGGAACGGGAAUGGACAAGGUAACCCUUGGUAUUUGGCAACCAGCGCCUAUGCAGAACUUUAUUAUCGUGCUAUCAAGGAAUGGACACUAGCGGGUCAAGUCAAGGUCUCCUCCAUUAGUUUACCCUUUUUUAAGAAAUUCGAUACGGCUGCUGUGGAAGGGACCGUGUACAAGGUCGGUACAGCUGCUUUUAAUGCCAUGACACAAAAUGUCGCGUUGGGUGCGGAUAAGUUUCUUUCUACCGUUAAAAAUUAUGCAUUGACCAAUGGGUCGAUGUCUGAACAGUAUGAACGGGGAUCUGGAAAGUCUACGGGGGCAAGAGAUCUUACUUGGUCACAUGCUGCGCUUAUUUCUGCUGCUCGUGCAAAAGCUGGUGCUCCUUCUGUUUAAGAUUUAUUUAGCUAUCCAAAUAAAAAUAAAAACU